GUGUGGACUUCAAGGUGAAAACUAUUUCAGUUGAUGGAAACAAAGCUAAACUGGCAAUAUGGGAUACUGCAGGUCAGGAGCGGUUCAGAACGUUAACGCCCAGUUACUAUAGAGGUGCACAAGGAGUUAUCCUAGUUUAUGAUGUCACAAGAAGAGAUACUUUUGUCAAGCUGGAUAACUGGUUAAAUGAACUGGAAACGUACUGCACAAGGAAUGACAUAGUGAAAAUGCUAGUUGGAAACAAGAUUGAUAAGGAAAACCGUGAAGUUGACAGAAAUGAAGGUCUCAAAUUUGCAAGAAAACAUUCCAUGUUGUUCAUAGAGGCAAGUGCAAAAACAUGCGAUGGUGUACAGUGUGCCUUUGAAGAACUUGUUGAAAAAAUCAUUCAGACUCCUGGACUGUGGGAGAGCGAGAGCCAAAACAGAGGUGUAAAGUUAUCAAGCAAGGAAGAAGGAUAUGGAGGAGGAGGAGCAUGUGGUGGAUAUUGUUCUAUGUUAUAAACUUUGGGAAGCUUAAUCUUUGCAUAUUUAAACAGAUAGUGACAUCUUUCUGUACAUAAAUUCAUUAAAUGCUAUUUUUAGGGACCUUGCAGUUUGCACAUAUUUGUUUUGUAUCAUGGCAGUGAACACUUGUAGAAGAAAUGUUCUGCAGCUUUCCCAGUUUGAAAAUGUUAUGGUAAGCAUGCCAAGUUUGCAGUCUUCAGGUUUUUAUAAGUAGCAUAAAUAAUGUGCAAGAACAAAUGCACUACAAAAUUUUAUGACUGUAUACAUUCAUCAUGUAACUACUCUAAACAAAUCCAUCUAACAAACACAACUUCAUUGUCUGCUUUGUCUCAUUUUUAAAUACUCUUGAAAUAAUAGAAUCAUAUAGUGUGAGUGUGCACAGAUCUUGAAAACAAUUUGAGCUCUAAGUGUUACAUUUCAUCUCUUCUAGUAAAUCCUUUUUUUAUGGUAUUUAAACCAGCAAGAUUAUACAGUUAGACAAAUCUGCUAAAGUUUAGUUCUGCUUUCAGCAGAACUGUCUAAAAUACAAAUUGGCACAGGCCGUAGUUGGUUUCAGCACCUUCUUGAAGAGAUGCUUUGAAAGCUUCCUUUGCAAAGUUGGGGGGCACCCUUUUUUUUUUAAUCAUCACUUCAGUUGAUGGUUUUACUGGAGUUUUAAUCCUGUGAUAUUUAUAUACUAAAUUUGUGGUACUCUUGCACUCUAGGUUUUUAUGAUGCAAGUCUACUCUAGACUUGCUGUAGAAAGUCUUCAUUAUUGGGAAGCAGUCUAAAUGACUUCUCUGUUCUUUCAUUGUGAAUCAGUUUGCCACACUUCAGUGCAGAUGCUAAUUUUCCUAAAUGUUUGUAAUAUAACUAUCUCAAACUGUAGCUCACUGUGGCUGUGAAGUUCUCUAUCACAUCUGCUUUGUGCGGCUACUUGCUCAGAAAUAAAAAUUCCUGUCACAGGCACUAAAUGGGAAGCUACAGGGCUUCUUGAUCUCUGUAUGGAAAAAUACCAUUGCAAUGAGUAUUCACUUGAAUUUACUGUAUCAAAGCCAAUGGUUUGUUUCAGAAGACUUGUAUAGACUAAUAAACUUUUUCCACAGUA